CGCACAAUCCCACCCAUACCAAGUAGCCUCAAUGCGUGAGAGACCUGCAUAGGGGUGGCAACGAACGAGCAGCAGUAUAGUUCCUCUUUCACCAAAGAUCAAAUUGGGCGUUGUUGAGUUUCCUAUUCCUCCAAUCUGCAAGAUCAUGGCAGAGUCGCUGCUUCUCCCUCUAGUGCGUGGUGUGGCCGGCAAGGCUGCAGACGCACUUGUUGAGACCGUGACCCGCAUGUGUGGCCUCGACGACGACCGCCGAACGCUGGAGCGCCAUCUGCUAGCCGUUGAGUGCAAGCUGGCGAAUGCUGAGGAGAUGAGUGAGACAAACGGAUAUGUCAAGAGCUGGAUGAAGGAGCUCAAGUCUGUCGCCUACGAGGCCGACGACGUGCUUGACGACUUCCAGUAUGAGGCGCUGCGCCGCCAGUCUAAGAUUGGCAAGUCCACUACCCACAAGGUACUUGGCUACAUCACGCGCCAAAGCCCGUUGCUCUUCCGUUUUGAAAUGAGCAGGAAACUCAAGAACGUCCUCGAGAAGAUCAAUAAGUUGGUUGAGGAGAUGAACAAGUUUGGACUGGAGAAUUCUGUCCAUAGGGGGAAGCGACAAAAUCCUUGCCGGCAGACACACUCAAAACUGGAUGACUGUACCAAAAUAUUUGGAAGAGAUGAUGAUAAGACGGUGGUGGUGAAGCAACUGCUGGGCCUGCAAGAUCAGCAAAAGGUGCAGGUGUUGCCCAUCUUUGGGAUGGGUGGUCUUGGCAAGACGACUCUUGCUAAGAUGGUGUACAAUGAACGAGAGGUCCACGAACAUUUUCAGUUGAAGAUGUGGCACUGUGUGUCAGUAAAUUUUGAUAUUAUUGACCUUGUGAAAGCCAUAGCUGAAUUGGCCACAAAUGGAAGUUCUGCCAUGCUUGGCAGCAUCGAACUAUUGCAGAAGAAACUUGAUGAAGUCAUUGGCCAGAAAAGGUUUUUACUUGUUCUUGAUGAUGUAUGGAAUGAAGAUAAGAGGAUAUGGGAGGAUGAGUUGAAGCCACUAUUGUGUUCUGUUGGUGGACCAGGAAGUGUUAUAGUGGUUACAUGUCGAAGUAAACAAGUGGCCUCUAUAAUGUGCACUGUCAAGCCACACGAGCUAGCAUUUUUGAGUGAAGAAGGCUCAUGGGAAUUGUUUUCAAACAGAGCAUUUAGCAAUGGUGUAGAUGAGCAACCAGAGUUAGUCACCAUCGGAAGGCGUAUUGUGAAUAAAUGUGGGGGGUUGCCUCUUGCUCUCAAGACAAUGGGCGGAUUGCUGAGUUCAAAGCAAAAAGUACAGGAGUGGAAGGCCAUCGAAGAAAGUAACAUCGGGGAUAAUGAUGGAGGAAAAUAUGAGGUCAUGCCCAUACUGAAGUUAAGCUACAAAUACCUAUCAUCUGAAAUGAAGCAAUGUUUUGCAUUCUGUGCAGUCUUUCCCAAGGAUUAUGAGAUGGAGAAGGAUAGGUUGAUCCAACUAUGGAUGGCAAAUGGUUUUAUUCAAGAAGAGGGAAUAAUGGAUUUAGUACAGAAAGGAGAAUUCAUUUUUGAUGAGUUGGUUUGGAGGUCCUUCCUCCAAGAUAAGAAAGUGGCGAUCAAAUCUGCAAUCUAUCAUGGUGACACACAAUAUAAGACAUUUGUAUGUAAAAUGCAUGACCUAAUGCAUGAUCUAGCAAAAAAUGUCACGGAUGAGUGUGCAAGUAUAGAAGAAUUGUCUCAGCAGAAAGCAUUGUUAAAAGGUGUUUGUCACAUGAAAACAUCAAAGGCUGAAUUCGAACGAAUCAAUGGGUUAUGCAAAGGCAGAAAACUCCGCACUUUGUUAGCUCCUUCAGAAUCAUGGAAGGAUUAUAAAUAUAAUUUUCCGAGCAAAUCACACAAGGAUAUUAAGGAGUUGCAACAGGUAUUGGCAUCACUAAGGGCAUUGAAUUGCUCCCCUUCUCCAAUUGUCAUUUGCAAGGCCAUAAAUGGAAAACAUUUACGGUAUCUUGACCUCUCUGGGUCUGACAUCGUUAGGUUGCCAGAUUCAAUAUGUAUGUUGUAUAACCUGCAAACACUGAGGCUGAUAGAUUGCCAGAAGUUGCAGCAGUUAGCAGAAAACAUGGCAAGAUUGAGAAAGCUCACCCAUCUUUAUCUUUCUGGUUGUGGUAGUCUUAGAAGUAUGUCUCCAAACUUUGGUCUAUUGAACAACCUUCACAUAUUAACGACAUUUGUAGUGGAUACCGGAGAUGGCCUUGGCAUAGAGCAGCUCAAAGAAUUACAACACCUUAGCAAUAGGUUGGAACUGUUGAAUUUGAGCAAGAUAAAGAGUGGUGAGAAUGCAAAAGAAGCCAAUCUUAGUCAGAAGAAAAAUAUAAGUGAGUUGUUGUUCUCUUGGGACCAAGAAAGGUAUGAUAAGCCUAAUGGUGUGGAAGAAGUGCUCCAGUGUUUAGAACCUCAUAGUAAUAUCCAAAAGUUCGAGAUACGUGGAUAUGGUGGCCUACAAAUAUCACAAUGGAUGAGAAAGCCUCAGAUGUUUGACUCCUUGAGAGAACUCGCAAUGUCCAACUGUCCAAGGUGCAAGAGUAUACCUGUAAUAUGGCUCUCAUUCUCUCUAGAGAUUUUGUCCUUAUAUAACAUGGAUAACCUGACAACAUUAUGUAAUAACCUUGAUGUGGAAGGUGGAGGACGCAUUACCCCUCUGCAAAUUUUCCCAAGGUUGAAGAAGCUGUGUUUGAUAAAGUUACUAAACCUGGAGAUAUGGGCAGAAAAUAGUGUAGGAGAGUCUCAGAUGUUUAAAAGUUUGGAAGAACUCGAAAUGUUCGACUGCCCAAGAUGCAGGAGUAUACCUGUCAUAUGGUUCUCGGUCUCUCUGAAAAUUUUGUCCUUGCAGAAGAUGGAUAACCUGACCACAUUAUGUAAUAACCUUGAUGUCAAAGCCGGAGGAUGCAUUACCCCUCUUCAAAUUUUUCCAAGGUUGAAGAAGAUGAGGUUAAUUAGGUUACCAAGCCUAGAAAUAUGGGCAGAAAAUAGUGUGGGAGAGCUUAGUGAUAACCUGGUAACAUUCCCGGUGCUUGAAGAGCUAGAGAUCAAAAAUUGCCCCAAGCUUGCAAGUAUUCCAGUGAUCCCCAUCAUCAACGACUUGAGCAUAGUUGGGGUUCACAGUACUGCAGUCGGCUUAGUUUUCAUGGGCAUCCAUUUGGGCUCCUGGCCAUUUCUCGCCAGCUUAACUCUUGGGUCUCUAGAAGACAUACCCAUGUUGCCUCUAGAAGCCCAGCAAAGUCAAAGUCAAAUGCCUCUUGAAAAACUUGAGCGUUUGUAUCUGGAAGGCCCCAACAGCUUGGUCACAAGCUCCGGAUUGUCCAGAUCACAGCUUAUGGUUUGGAAGUGCUUUUCGUUGGUGGAACAGCUGACGAUUCACAGAUGCAGCAAUCUUGUCCGCUGGCCAACAGAGGAGCUACGGUGCUUGGAUCGCCUCCGCUUUCUAUGGAUAAAAAAAUGUGACAACCUGGAGGGAAAGACUUCAUCAUGUGAGGAGGAAACCCUUCCACUGUCCCUGGAGGAGCUGUUGAUUAACGACUGCCAUAGUGUGGUGACACUGCCUCCGAACCUUGGAAAUCUGGCCAAGCUGAGGAGGCUCGGUUUGAGUCACUGCAUACGCCUGAAAGCGCUGCCUGAUGGGAUGUGUGGCCUCAUUUCUCUUAGGGAUUUGGAGAUUCAUGGCUGUCCAGCUGUGGAGAAAUUCCCACACGGUCUCCUUGAGAGGUUGCCAGCCCUCGAAAACAUAAGCAUAUUUGAAUGCCCGGAGUUGGGAAGACGAUGCAGAGAAGAUGGGGAGUAUUUCCACUUGCUCACCUCUGUCCCACAUAAAUACAUUGAUUUUUGAGGAGGCGUCGUGAAAUCCAGAAAAGCUGCGAAGUACAUCGGUAUACGGCUGAGUGCGCUGGUGGGAAUCUCUGAAGCAGGCAAUGGUAGAUCUGCCCCCAUCUUGCUGCCGUCCUCCUCGGCAUGCAGGGCGCAGAGGGGGGAGAGGAAGGUUGGCGCCGCGGCCUGAGGCAACCGCCGUCCUCGUCGCCAGGAAUAGCGCACGCUGGGGGCGGCGUGUCGACGGCGGAGGCGUGGAGAAGAGGGGGCGAGAUUUGCCUGCACCGACGACGACGGAGACUAGAGGAAGAAGCAGAGGACGCACGCUGUGGGCCGACAGAUCAACCAGCAGCGGAGGAUGUCAUUACUUCUCCUCUCUUUGCCGAGGCCCUCUGCAACUAGUAUUUCAUUUUUCUAAAAACAAUAUGUACUAGUAUUUCAUACACAAGGCAGGAGUGACUCCAGCACUAUGUGUACAGCAUUGUAAUUUCUGUGUAGAUAAUAACAAAGUCUGUGAUGUAAUAUUACUAACCGGAUCAAUGAUAGUGUGGUCCAGUGAACGCUAAGUACUGUAAUAAUCAGGCAGGCAUACACACAACA